AUGGCCGAACAUAGAAUACCAUUCACGAAACUGGUCCACAGCCCAGCCAAAUCUCAUUUGGCACUUGCCAAUGGCAAACAUUUCUUUAUUGUCGAUUCCUCUACGGGCAAUGUGCUCAAAUCCAACGAUGCCAACGAUCGCAAACAAGAGUACAUGGAUCUCUACCGAAAUAUGGCAUUCAGCCAAGACGGCAGCCUUUUGGCAAGUGCUGGCGAGGAUAAAAAGAUCAACGUGUAUGAUGCCAACGACUGGUCCCUCAAGUAUUCAAGGAACGCAGUGAAGCGUGUCAAUGCCAUUCAAUUCAACAAGGAUGCAAGCAAGAUCGUUAUUGCUGAUAAGUUUGGUGAUGUCUUUUGCCACCCUGCCGAAAAGAGUGAUGGAGAAGAGGAGAAAAUGGCACCCAUUUUGGGUCACGUCUCUAUGAUCACGGAUAUGACUUUGUCUGCCGAUGAAAAAUACGUGGUUACCGCUGAUCGAGAUGAACACAUUCGUGUGAGCCGAUUCCCUAACGGAUACAACAUUGAGAGCUUUUGCUUGGCACAUACAGAUGUUGUGACAUCCGUCAAGGUUGUUCCCUGGUCUACCGAUUUGUUGGUUUCCGCUGGUGGUGAUAACACGGUUCGUGUAUGGCAAUUUGCUCAAGGCAAGGAGAUGCAAUGCUUCCCUACCAAGGAAUAUAUCAGCAAGUACAUCCCUGAGGCCACCGAUGCAAACUCAAAGGAGCCUAUUGUUUCUCGAUUGGUUAUUGAUAGCAACAAGAAGAUCAUUGCUCUUUCAUUUGCAAAGAUACCUGCCAUUUUAUUGUUAGGCUGGUCGGAUGAUAACAAGCUCGUAUACAAGCAAACGAUCGAGACCCAGGUACCCGUGUUGGAUAUUUGCUUCGAUCUCAAGGGUUCCUUGUGGGCUUCUUUGGCUCCCACUGGAGAUGCUUUGAUGGCUAUUUUCGAAGGAGAUAACUUUGAUGCCGUAUCAGAAAGCGAUUCUCGUCUCAAGCAGGUGAAUGAGAUCCAAGUUGGUCUUGUGGAUAAGGAAAUUGAACUCUACAGUAUCUUUGGUCUUCGCAAAUUGCUUGAUCUCCCUGAUUACGUGCAAACCCCUGCCGAGCAUAAAAAGAACAAGAAGCGGAAGGUUGCAGCCGAGUGA